UAUCUGUCCACGUCAUUUUUUUGAACUUUUUUUAGCAUUUUUUCACACAUCUAUUCGUUUUUUUACAUCUAUUAUUUCACGAACAUAUUUUUUGUCAAAUGGCUGACGACGAUGAAGAUAAUGAAUUAAGUGAUGAUCAAAUUCAGGAGUUCCAAGAAGCUUUCGAUUUAUUCGACAGAGAUAACGAUGGUACAAUCACUCUUAAAGAGUUUUGUACCAUCAUGCGGGCUUUCGCCCAGAAACAAUACGAAAUAGAAUUGGAAGAAAUGUUUAAAGAGGCCGAUCCCGAGAACAACGGAACUAUUAGUUUUGUGCAGUUUUUAAGAAUCAUGGAAACUAAUUUUCAAGAAGAUAAAACCUCAGAAGGUAUCUCAGAGGCUUUCAGAGCAUUUGAUUCUUUGAAGAAAGGGAUAAUACCUGCUGAUGAUUUGCGGGAGUACAUGAUGACGUACGGAGAUAAAUUAACCGAAGAAGAAGCUAACCAGUUUGUAAAAAUGGCGGAUUCGAAUAAGGAUGGAAAAAUCAUCUACGAAUUUUUUGUCAGCAAAAUGGCGUCUGUUUUAGACAAGCAACCGAAACGGGAGCCUAGAUUUAAAGAAGAAACAAAGAAAUCUAAAUCUAAAUCUAAAAAGAAAUAAGCUUUAUGAAUUCCACAUUUCGUAAAUAGCAAUUUAUCUUUGAAUUACCACAUAUAAUAACUUCUGUGGAACCCAACACAACUAGUAUCAAAAAAGAUUCACCAAUAAAAGUAUUUAAAUUUU